AUGGCGGCAAUUAAUUGUGAUACGAUGGAGCAGAUCCUGAUACGAUUGGAUGUGGACGAAGUAAUCAGAUGCAAGGGCGUCUCUAAGUCUUGGUAUUCUUUAAUCUCCACUCCUUAUUUUGCUGAUUCCCAUCUAAAACAUAAUCGUGAAUGUAAUAAUAAUAAUGAUGAUAAAAGGAUGAUUGGGAUAGGCUACGAUUUCGGUUAUCUUAUUGAUAAUUAUUUAUUUAUCAUUGGUUGUGCCAAUGGCCUUGUAUGCGUCUCUCCCCAAGAGUUUGAACUUUUAGUUAUCAAUCCAUGUACUAAACAGACCAUGAAAAUACUUGACCCCCACCCGAACCUCUUCCUGAGAGUGACCAAAGGUGGGAGUUGGUUUGGGGGUUCGGUUACGAUUCAUCCAACAAUGACUACAAGAUUUAUUUCCGGCAUCUUAUGCGAUGGGGCACUUCACUGGCUUAUGACGAGUUGGGAAACCCAAGAGCUAGUCAUCAUCUCUUUUAAUUUAUCUCGAGAGGAAUUUACAAAGACUCUAUCACCACCAGGCGUCCAUAAUAAAGACAUCCAAACUACUUGUUACACCCUGGGGGCCGUAGAAGAAUCUCCAUGCCUUAUACAACAUGAAUGUGUCUCAGAACCCACCAAGAUAUGGGUAUUGACAAGCGACAAUAGUGGAAAACAAUCUUGGGCUUUGUCGCCGGAUAAUUAUGUGAUAAAUUGCGAUGCCGUAUGCUUCAUGAGCGAUGAAGAUCACUCUAUUUUUUAUACACCAUUACCUGGUGUUUCAGUCAACGCUAUUGAAUAUAUGGCUGCCCCUAUAUAUGUGCGGAGUCUUGUAUCUCCCCAUGUUAACUUGGAUUCUAGUUCUAAGUCCGGCUCUAACGACACAACUAUUUCAGUGGAAGAGGAAGCAGCUUGCAAAGAGGAAUGCUCCUAA